AAUGAAGUGGAGAAUCUAACACAUAUCUCAGAAUUUCAUCUCAUGGGCUUCUCAGAUGACCCAGAUCUGCAGUUGUUCCUCUUUGGCCUGUUCCUGACCAUGUACUUGGUCACAGUCCUCGGGAACCUGCUCCUUAUUCUGGCUGUCAGCUUUAACACCCACCUCCACACCCCCAUGUACUUCUUUCUCUCCAGCCUGUCCUUUAAUGAUAUCUGCUUCACCUCCACCAUGGUCCCUAAGAUGAUUGUGGACAUCCUAACUCACAGCAGAGUCAUCUCCUACAUGGGCUGUCUGACACAGAUGUCUCUGUUUAUCCUUUUUGGCUGUAUGGAUGACAUGCUCCUGACUGUGAUGGCCUAUGAUCGCUUUGUGGCCAUCUGUCACCCCCUGCAUUAUGCUGUCAUUGUGAGCACACAUCGCUGUGCCUUAUUACUUUUGGUGUCUGUCUUUCUUAGCCUUGUGGAGUCCCAGAUGCAUAAUUCAAUUGUUUUAUUGUCUACCUGCUUCAAGCACACAAAAAUUGCUAAUUUCUUCUGUGAACCUUCUCAGCUGUUCAACCUUUCAUGUUCUGAUCCUUUAUUGAACACUGUGAUCACAUAUAUCGUUGGUGUCAUCUAUGGGUUUUUUCCCUUCUUGGGGAUCUUUUUCUCUUACUAUAAAAUUGUUUCCUCCGUUCUAAAAAUACCAUCAUCCGGGGGGAGGUACAAAGCCUUUUCUACCUGCAGCUCUCAUCUCUCAGCUGUAUGCUUAUUUUAUGGAACAGGCCUUGGGAUGUACCUUGGAUCAGAUGUGUCCUAUUCUCCCAUCAAGGGCAUGGUGACCUCUGUGCUGUACACUGUGUUCACCCCUAUGCUGAAUCCCUUCAUCUACAGCCUGAGAAACAGAGACAUCAGUAGAACUCUGAAGAAGAUUCUCAGCUGGAGAGUGUAA